CACAGCCGGAAGUUGUGUGUGUUGUUGCGCGUGUCUUGACGUGGUUCGAAGCAGACGGAGCAUCGCGGACCUGCAGCUGCUGGACCAACUCAUCUGGACCAGAACCGAACGAGGAACCCCUGGACCUGCGCGGACACGCGGACCGGACAGACAGGUGCGCGGUCACGUGGGCAGACAGACGGACACGCGCAGUCUCUGUCUCAGCAUCCCUCAGAGCAUCCGGGGCCGAGGGGGCCACCAUGGCGGAGGAGACCCGGGUCAUCUAUCACCUGGAGGACCAGGAGACCCCCUACCUGAUCCGGAUCAGCGUACCCGCGCAGCGCGUCACCCUCGCGGACUUCAAGCAGGUCCUGAACAAACCGAACGUUAAAUUCUUCUUCAAGUCCGUGGACGACGACUUCGGGGUGGUCAAGGAGGAGAUCAGUGAUGAUGAUGCCAGGUUGCCAUGUGUGAACGGACGGGUUGUCUGUUGGGUGGUGUCAUCAGACACCUGCCAGCCAGAUUUCAGGGGCUCAGACGUCCAAUCAGUGGCCACUCCCUCCAGCCUGGCUCCACCCCCCAUAGAGAGGACAAGUGGGAUUGGAGACUCCAGACCUCCGUCCUUUCAUGCCACAGCUGUCAGUCAUGAUGAACUACAGGAAGUUCAGUCUUGUACACCAUCAGAGACACUGCGGAGGACAGGCGUGAGUGAACAAGGCGGCCGUCUGAAUGGGCACACUAACCAACCAGCUGAUCAGAGGGGGGCGGGGCCAGCAGGUGGAGGAGACAGCUCAUCAACCCAACAGAGCAGCGAGUUGGAGACGACCAGUUUCUGCUCAUCUGAGGAAGACUCAGGAGGAAGGUUCAGCCAAUCGACAGAGCAGAGCAGCUCCUCCCCGCGACUCAUCAGGCGACAGCGGCGCUGCCACCGAAAACCCAAAACACCGCGGAUGGAGAGGUCUGUGUCUUUCAGCAGUGUCACUGACUCCACCAUGUCCCUCAACAUCAUCACCGUAACACUCAACAUGGAGCGGUACAACUUCCUGGGAAUCAGUAUUGUUGGUCAGAGUAACGACCGAGGAGACGGAGGGAUUUAUAUCGGCUCCAUCAUGAAGGGAGGAGCGGUGGCAGCGGACGGACGUAUUGAGCCUGGAGACAUGCUUCUGCAGGUAAACAACAUCAACUUUGAGAACAUGAGUAACGAUGAUGCCGUCCGAGUCCUGAGAGAGAUCGUCCACCAAACAGGACCGGUGACAUUAACGGUGGCCAAGUGUUGGGAUCCAAACCCGCGAGGCUGCUUCACGCUACCCAGAAGUGAGCCCGUUCGUCCCAUCGACCCGGCUGCCUGGGUGUCCCACACCGCCGCCAUGACGGGCAGGCUCCCCCCACAUUACGGUAACGAUCCCACCAGCCUCUGCAUCCUCCACCCACCCUUCAUCUGUCCCUUAGUCCAUCAGUCCUUACUGAGCUGCUGUCUUCCAGGGAUCCACGAAGAAAACCACCUGAACAUUCACAGCGACAUGACGGUGGUCGUCAAGGCGAUGGCCAAUCCAGAGUCAGGUCUAGAAGUUCGAGACAGGAUGUGGCUGAAGAUCACCAUUCCCAACGCCUUCAUCGGUUCAGAUGUGGUGGACUGGCUCCACUGCAACCUGGAGGGUUUCACAGACCGCCGCGAAGCUCGAAAGUAUGCCGGCAACCUGCUGAAGGCGGGAUUCAUCCGACACACCGUCAACAAAGUCACAUUCUCCGAGCAGUGCUACUACGUCUUUGGAGACCUGUGUGGAGAUUUGACCGCCAUGUCUCUGCUGGUCCAUGAAGACGGUUCAGUUCGAGGAGGAUCCGACUGCGAGCCGCCAGUCUUCCCCUACCAGUACCCCAUCCCUCACCCCUACAGCUCGCCGCUCCCCCUGCCAGCCGGAGGAGGAAGUCACCCCAGUGAAGGAAGCAGCCGCUCGAACUGCAGCCACGAUCCAAAGGAGGAAGGAGGAGGAGGGGAAGAAUCCGAGCCCACCAAUCAGGAGGUCAGCGUAAGCGCCAGCAGCGCCCAGCGACCUCUGACCUCCUUCUCUGGUCUCCAUGGUAACAAAGACCACCAGGACUUCUCCUCCAUGGAGCCUGACAUCUCCCAACAGUCCUUCCGCCUGGCCAUGGGAAAUCCCAGCGACCUGUUUGUGGAUGUCAUGUGACCUGGUGGUGAAGAUGUCACAGCCAUGAACCUGGUUCUGUUUGAAAAUCUCACCUUUGGACUGUAACUUUUCCAGAAAGAAGGACCUGAACCCGGUCUUAGCUGGUCCUGAUUCCAGAAGCAGCAGGAUGGUGUUGGUUAUGUUGCCUGAAGGUCCAGAGAUGAGCAGACAGAAUCGUGACGUUGUUCUGGAUUCUGGGUCAGACGUCGUUAAAGGCGGAAGCGGUUCCACAUGAUGAUGGUUCUGUUUCACUGGACUGUCACUCAACAGAACCUCAGCACGAAGACCCGACCCGUUUACAGAGCUGACUCCAGGUGGACCACAAUUUUGGUCCAGGAGUACAACGUUCUCUCCAACUACAUCAUCACAAAAUGGUCUGAGAAGAACCACAUCGCUUAGUUCUGGUCCUCCUCUGCAGGUGGAGAUGGUUCUGUGCUUCGUUCAAGUGCUGUCUGUUCAUUCAGGCACUCAUGGGCAGAACCAGGAGACCCAGCAGGUUCUAAUUCAUCAGUGCAGCAGUGAACCAGAACCAGAACCCACUUUUUUCAACAUGUGAGCAGGUUGAUGCAACGUGGGUCUAAACCAGAACCUGGACUGGAUCUGUUGUUCAGCAAAAGGAUGUUUAUUGUUUUUAUUUAUAAACACAUUUAAUCCUUCUAGAACUUCACAGAAUUAAAAAUCUCAAAGAAACAUCUGGGUCCAGUCUUUCUAGAAGAAUUCCUCCCAAAGUGGUUCCACACAGGUUCCUCUGGUUCCCUCCAAGCUGAGGGAGAUGCUCCUCUGGAGGAAUCAGAUCUAGCUCUGAGUCUAAAGGUGGAGUUAUGGUCGCGUGGCGUCUGCGUCACCGCCGUAGGCUCAACGUGUCGACGGGUACUCGCUUGUGAUUGGUCAGUUUGGGAUCACGUGCUGCCGGAUAUCUGGACCUUGUCACUGAAUUUGUGUGGUAACCACCGUUUU